AUGCCCGUCCCACCGAAAGGCUCGACAAUCCUCGUAACCGGCGCCUCAGGCUACAUCGGCUGCCACACGGUCGGCACCCUCCUCGACGCGGGGUACAGAGUGCGCGUGACGACCCGCAGCCUGCCAAAGGCAGAGUAUAUCCGCUCGCUGUUCCCGUCGCAUGCGGGCGCGAUCGAGCAUGCGAUCGUGGAGGAGAUGACGGCGCCCGGCGCUUACGACGACGCCGUGGCGUCCGUCAGCGGCGUAGUGCACCUCGCCUCGGCGAUCCAUAUCGCCGACAGCACGCUCCCCGCCGACGCGGUGACCGAGGCCGUCGCGGGUGUUACUAACCUCCUCGAGGCGCUGUCACGCAGCCCUGGGACCGUGGCGCGGGUCGUGCAGAUGAGCCUCAAGCUCUGCGACGAGCUCGGCGCUGCGACGCCCGCAGCGGACAAGUACGCCGCGCAGAAGACGCGCGCCGAGCAGGCGUUCUGGGCGUCGUUCGAGCAGGCGCAACCAACGCCAAAGUGGGAUGGCGUGGCCCUCAACCCUGGGUUCUGCCUUGGCCCCCCGACGCUGUACGGGGGCGGGUUGGACGGGUCGUCGUUGUACGUGCUCAAGCCGUUCCUGCGCACGAGCACGCCGGCCGAGCUGGACGAGGCGAUCGGCAACUUUGUCGACGUGCGCGAUGUGGCGCUCGCCGUGCUCCGCGCGCUUGAGACCCCCUCGGCUGGCGGAGAACGGUACCUCCUCUCCAAUGGGCCAUUGUUCGGCAACGACAUCGCGGUGGCCGCGGCGCGUGCGUUCUCGCCUGAGGAGGCGGCGCGGCGCGCACUGACUACGCCGCAUGACGCCGCUUGGCGCACUCGGCGCCUCAAGAGCGCCGUCGUGACGGACGGCUCAAAGGCCGCGCGUCAGUUGGGCAUACGCUACCGCUCGCUGCAAGAGAGUUUGGCCGACACGUUCGCUGUCGUGCUGAAGGACGAGCUGUAG